UUUCGAGAAUCUCUUCAACUUCUGGGUCCUUCAAGUGACACCCAGAGAGCUAAAUCAUGCUCUCCCACUCGGUGGGGACUCACAUUACCAUCCCCAGCUGGGAAAUUUAUCUUCUUGAGCUUGGAGUUUCCAUUUUCCAUCGGUUGAGUUUAUGAUGUUUAGCUGUUUGUCGGAGCAGUGUCGGUGUGAGAUACUGUUUUACUGUCAGUUAUAGAUCUGACAGAAAUGCAGUCUGAUGUGGAGAGGGGAUCUUGAGAAAUGGCUUUCGUUCCUGUCGGGUUCCUUUAUUCCUGAGAUAAGUCGUCCAAGAUGGAAGCUGAUAUACAUGUCGAUUCACCUCUGCAAUAUGCUUCAAUCCAAAUUAUAUCUAUGCAGAAUCGGUAUGAAGUUUUCGUUUGUGGAGACAACAAAAUAGAAAAAAUGGAAACUGGAGUUCUCGACCAGUUACUUCCAUACUUGCCUGCUCUGAAAGAAUUAUAUGCCAAAGGCUCCAGUUCGAACUUAAAGCUGCAACUUCCCGAGAACCUUCAUGGUUCAAGAUGGUUCACGAAGUCAACUCUCAACAGAUUCCUGAAUGUCGUGAGCUCAUCGGAGCUCAUAAUUAAGACCAAAGCUAUAAGGGGUGAGAUGUCUCAGUUGGAGGAGGCUAGAAAAUUUCAAAUUUCGGUUCCUGCACCGAAGCAUGAAGGAGACCUAGACUCUUCAGAUACUUCAAGAAAUGAAUUGCUAAGAGCCAUGGAUCUGAGGUUUGGCGCUUUAAGAGGGGAGCUAGCUUUGGCUUUCUGUGAAGUUGCUUCUUCUAUGUACGCUGCUGAAGAAAUCGGCAACUUAGCCAUGUUUUCUCGACAUUUUGGAGCAAUUGAGAUCGAGAAUGCCUUGCGCGGUGCUCUAAAGUCGAGUCUAAGGGACCAGAAAGGCGAUCCAUUGCUCAACAAUGGGUCCUCUGCAAGGGCUAUAGAAAGCAGGGAAUCUGUAUUCCCUAGGCCAAAUAACUCAGAGAUGCCAGUGCAGUACAAUGUUUCACCUGCGCAAGUUGCACAGGUCGAGCGAGACAGCUCGACUACCGGAAGCGAUGAUUCUUGCAUAUCGGACAGUGAGGAUCAGACUUCUGCCGAGAGGAGUCGGGCUCUAGCUAGAUCGGGUUCUCGUAGAAGGUCUGCUUCUCCCAUGAGGAGGAUCCAGAUCGGGAGGAGCGGGCCCCGCAAGCCUGCGGCCCUAACCAUCAAGAGUCUAGGCUAUUUUCCAGGACGAGACAGAGGAUUGUUUGCUCAGGAGGAGAUUCCUGCAAACGAGGAAGGACCUGACCAACAGAGUGGAAAGAAACCUGAAGGAGAUGUGAAGAGGAUGAGUGUACAAGACAAGAUCAAAAUCUUCGAGAGUAAGCAAAGGGAUCAGGCAGCAGAGAUCGAGAAGAGACGGUCUUUGGCAACUAUAGGAGCAAAUAAAUCUGUGCUUAGAAGAUGGAGUGCGGGGAUGGGGGAAUCCUCAUCUCAGCGUGGACCUGAAUCGGAUCACGAGGACUCUUCUCCUAUGAAACCUGCUGAUGCUCCUGUUGCUAUUUCGGUUGAUGAAGAGAUUCCCAAUGGUUCUAUUGAAAUGAAAGUUGAAGGUGAAGAAGAUGAGGAUGGAAGUUUAGAAUUGGAACAUGCAGAGAAUGAGUCAGAUAAUAAGCCCGAACACGAGGAAAGUGGUCAGAAAUUGACUGCCUCAGCUGAAUGGACGCGGCAGAAGGAGGCGGAGUUGAAUGAGAUGCUGAUGAAAAUGAUGGAGACCAAGCGGGAUCCAGUCAAGUCCCAGAGAGGAAGAACAACCCAAGAACUUCCACUUGAGCAAAGGGGUGGGUUCUACAAUCAGUACAAACAAAAGAGAGACGAGAAGCUCCAAGGAGAGAAUGCGGGGAAACGGGCCGAGAAGCAAGCUAAGUUUAAGGCAAUGCAAGAGGUUCUCAAUGAGAGGAAAGUGGCUAUGGCCUCUGCGAAUGUGAAUGAUACGGGGAAGAAAGUAGCCGCGAGGAAGCCCCAACAGAGGAUGAUUAGGUCAGUUCCAGCUCAACCGGCUAAACCGAAGAAGGAAGCAUUGAGUGCUUCAGCAACAAAGAAGGCAACUCCAUCUCGGACUUCUCCUUUGCCCCCAACAAGAAAAUCGUGGCCUUCAAACCCAUCUGCCACUGCUCCAAGAGGAACUGGGAUUUCACCGGCAAAGACACCAAGCGGCCUUUCUUCUGCAGGGACCACGCCCACACGGAGAAAGCCACAGCCUCUGGGCCCACCUCCACCGUCGGUUUCUCGUCCGAAAUCGACUAAGGUUGAAAAACCUCAGAUGCAGAGAAAGCCUGCCAAAGAAGCCCCGAGAACAAAUAACGUCAGGAGCUCCAAGGGGGUUGUGGAAAACAAGAAGGUUCAACCGGUCUCUAGAACCAGCAAGACUGCGAAAACAAGACCUUUGAGCGGUUCUUCGGAUGGUUCGGGUGAGGUGCCAGCUAAACCUAGCUUCUACAAUAAGGUCACGAAGAAGAGCAGUGUGGUGCCUCUGGAAUCGAAACCUCUGCGUAAGAAUGCUGUAAUGGGUGCUGGUCCUCUUGCUGUUCCCUCUGUUACUAAAAAAUCUAGUAAACCGCCUGAAGAACCUGUCAAUAAUGGUCUAAAUCCUAGUGAAGUUCAGGAACCUGAACAAAUUGAUGCUAUGCCAGAGAAGGUGAGACAGCAUGAAUCAGUGGAAAAAGAAGCUGAAAACAGCAUUCCUGAACCUGAUGUAACCGUAGUAACAGAGACGCGAGAAAAUGGGCACGAGGAAGUUUGUGAAUCGGAGACCUUCGACCCAGUUGCUAGCACUGAAGUUGAACAUGGACUUAAAAGUACUGUAGUAGAAUCCACAGACAUCCGAGCCGAAGAAGAAGAAGAAGGGCCCACAAUAUCCCCUAUGACCUGGGUCGAGAUUGAAGAAGAGCAGCAAGAGGAGGAGACCAAUCGACGAGAAUACCUCCAUACAUCACAAAUAGAACCGUCGAUUACUACUGUCCCCAUUGGGUCCUCAAGCCCACGGAUCCGGCACUCUCUGUCUCAGAUGCUGCAGGAAGAGAGUAGCGAGCCUGAUAUCAAUGAAUGGGGGAAUGCCGAGAACCCUCCCUCCAUGAUAUUCCACAAGGAUGCUCCCAAGGGACUGAAGAGACUGCUCAAGUUUGCUCGGAAGAGCAAGGGAGAUGGUAACUCAUCGGGAUGGUCGAGCCCGUCCGUCUAUUCUGAGGGAGAGGAUGACUCUGAGGAUCCAAGGACUUCCAGCAAAAGAAGCACUGAUAAGCUGCUGCUCAAGGCGGCUCUCCACGCGAAGAACUUUGGGCAUCCGAAAACCUUCCAGGCUGAUGGAUAUGACAAACAUUUGGAUGCUUAUGAUCAAAUAUCAGGCCAUUCUGGUUCGCAUAAGUUCCAGGACGGUCGUGGCUUGUCUGCAGCUUCUACAACUAAAGCAACAAGGUCGUUCUUCUCUCUCUCAGCAUUUAGAGGCAGCAAACCGAACGAGACCAAGCUCCGUUAACCUUUAAAAGGACAUAAAAGACAGUUUGUUGACAUUUCAUGUUCCGUCUUACCCGGAUGCAUGUAGGAAGUGGCUUCGUGGUGUAUAUUUCGUGGCUCAUUGUUGAGUUGUCGUAGCCUUCUCUUACUGUAGUGUCUGAGAUUCUGGAGCCGUUCCCAUGCAUCUGGGAUUCUUAUUUUGAAGUCAUUUGUAUCUGUAGAUGAUGUAUGUCGAAUAUUCGAAUUGUUACUUGGUGUCUGCUAAUCUUAUAAAGUCACAAAUUAAUAUGAUUCAUACCU